AUGGAAGUGGAGUAUAGAUAUUUUCAACAACGAGUGAACGCCGCGGGAAAGUUGGGUUGUACCGCACUUCAAAAGUGUACAGCCGCAAUUCGACAACUAGCAUACAACGUGGCGAGCGAUUUGCUAGACGAGUACUUGCAAAUGUCGGAGAGGACCGCACGAGAGGCGCUUGGCCAUUUUUGUAGUGGAGUUCAUGGUUUUCCCGGUAUGAUUGGUAGUAUUGACUGUAUGUAUUGGUCGUGGGAGAUGUGUCCGACGGCUUGGCGAGGCACCCACACACGUGGUGACAUAGGUAGGCCUUCGUUGAUUCUUCAAGCAGUUGCAUCGUAUGAUCUAUGGAUUUGGAAUGCUUACUUUGGGCCACAAGGGUCUCAUAAUGACAUCAACGUAUUCGAGUCAUCUCCUGUGCUUGAAGAUCUUAUAUCUGGUUUGGCGCCCUUAAGUAUAGUUAUUUACUAG